AAGAGUAAGUUCUGGUCCAAAUGGGUGUGCUCCAGCGACAAGCGAGCUGGUUGGCCGAGUAGGAGUGGCGUGCAUCAAAAGAGGGGGAGGGUAUUCAUGUUGCCAAUUAGUCUGUAGUAACGGGAGGAUCCAUUAGGACCACGCUUGGUAUCUCCUCCCAGCCACUAACCAUCCUGACUCCCCCUCCUUCCUGCAUGUUGCCCCCACCAGAGCUAGACGACCUGACUCCCUUCCCAUCGAAAACGAGUCUUGCGACCCCCUCGCGGCGAAGCUCGGCUGGCAUACAGCCACGGGAUAGAGUAGUGAGCAUUGCAAGUUCAACUACAGAAACACCGUAUUCAGCCGGUGCAGGCUCACGAAUACCCUCCUUGACUGAUCAGUUCCAUCUUGGCCCCGAUCCCAGGUUAUGGGGAACGGACCUAUCUCCGGACUCGAAGGAGCCUGAUGACGACCUCCACGACCCGGAAUAUGACUCUCCAUCGGGAUGCAUCUCUCGAGGCGUGGACAGCCGCUGCAUCAACCUGGGCUGUCUGUUCGUCCUCAUGUUUGUUUUCAUAUCCCUCUUUGCUGGCUUCCCAGUAUUCUCAUUUUUAACACGGCAUAAAAUGUCCACAAAUGGUGGCUUUAAUCUGGGUGGUAUCAAUGCCAGUGGUCAGGUACCAGAAAUUUACGGCUUCCGGUCCCUCAUCGAUGUUGACACCCCCAAGGACUCCUACACGAAACCCUCAUGGAACGGUGGACCAGAAAUGGAACUAGUCUUUUCAGAUGAGUUUAACGUCCCAGGGAGAACUUUCUGGCCAGGGGACGAUCCCUAUUGGGAAGCAGUCGACUUGCACUACUGGGAAACAAAUAAUCUGGAAUGGUAUAGCCCAGAGGCACUCGUAACCAAAGAUGGUUACCUUCAAGUAACCCUCUCUCGGAAGAACACACAUAACUUAAGUUAUCAAGGGGGAAUGAUGUCUACGUGGAAUAAGUUCUGCUUCACAGGCGGGUACAUAGAAGCGAAUGUGUCACUACCUGGCGUCCCUAACGUUAUGGGUUUCUGGCCUGCAAUAUGGACCAUGGGUAACCUUGGAAGAGCUGGAUAUGGUGCCAGUCUCGAGGGAAUGUGGCCGUACACUUACGAUGCGUGCGAUGUCGGCACUGUUGCGAACCAGACUAUUAACGGCCAACCUGUCGCCGCAACGGUGAAUGGCGAUGCAGGAAAAGGCGGCGUUCUCUCAUGGCUCCCAGGACAGAAGUUAUCCCGUUGCACUUGCAAGGACGAGUUCCACCCAGGACCCGUUCACUCCGAUGGUACAUACGUUGGUCGUUCCGCACCCGAAAUUGAUAUGUUUGAAGCGCAGAUUUCGAGUGACUUUGUGGGCCAGGUCUCGCAGUCCGCUCAGUGGGCGCCGUUUAACGCUGGAUAUCUUUGGAAGAAUACCUCGCUGAACGAGAUCAUUCGCGAUCCAACGAUUUCCACUCAUAACACGUAUAUUGGUUCUGUCCUUCAGCAGGCAACGUCCGUUGUUACUACCACGGAUCAGAAUUGUUAUGAGGGAACCAGUAGGUGUUUCUCGAUAUAUGGGUUCGAGUACGUUCCUGGGUUUGACAACGCCUACAUAACGUGGAUAUCGAAUAACCAGGUUUCGUGGACACUCAAUGUCGCGGGCAUGGGUGCCGACUCUGCUGUCCAGAUAUCUGCGCGCCCUGUACCUCAAGAACCGAUGUAUGUUAUCUUGGACCUGGGCAUGUCAACGAACUUUGGGCCGGUUGAUCUCGACAAUCUUCCCUUCCCUGCACACAUGCGAGUGGACUACAUACGGGUGUAUCAGCCCAAGAACAGCAGGAAUAUCGGGUGUGAUCCGAAAGAUUUUCCAACUUCGAAGUAUAUCAAUAGCUACUUAGAGGCCUAUACGAACCCAAACUUGACAACGUGGAGAGGCGACUUUGGUCGACCUUUCCCGAAGAAUAGCUUCCUUGGACAAUGCUAGACGCGUGGUAAUUACCGUGCAGACCAAUACGAGACGGGUGAAUGGCUGAUUUACUCGGCACGCUAGCCCUUGUGCACGUCGUGGAAUUGGCGGUUACCGCACCUUCUAAAGCGCUUGCUGAGUUUUGCUGUAAUUAUAUCGUUGUAUUUAUUUCUAUUAUUUCGUCAUCUGCUGUGAGCAACUUGCCAAGAUGGGUUCAUGUAGAUACAAUAUCUGGUUGCGGCCACCCUCCUUGACUCGCUGGAAGGCCGUCCUAAUUUCCCCCUGGAAGAGUCCCAGUACCGUUUCCAUUACUGGUAGGCAGGA